UUUUAAGCGCGUCGCUAGGCUUUACGAGAGGACGCACUACGGGGGCCGAGAAGGAGAGAAAUGUGGACGCGGGCAGUGUGGCAGGGCCUUCGAGCGUCGGCGGGCGGGCGCCGGGGCUUCCCCUCCAAGGCCGAUCCUCAGGGAAGCCGCCGGGUCACGGCCGAGCUGAUCGAGCACCUGGAGCGGCUAGCGCUUGUGGACUUCGGCAGCCAAGAGGCCGUGGCACGGCUGGAGAAAGCCAUCGCCUUCGCCGACCGGCUUCGCGCCGUGGACACGGACGGGGUGGAGCCCAUGGAGUCAGUUCUGGAGGACAGAUGUCUGUACUUGAGAUCCGACAAUGUGGUAGAAGGCAACUGUGCUGAAGAACUACUACAAAACUCCCAUCGCGUUGUGGAGGAGUAUUUUGUGGCUCCCCCAGGUAAUAUCUCUUGGCCAAAGCUGGAUGAAAAAGAGCCCUUCUCACACUGCUGAGUAGCUAUUCUGGGAAGGGGUGCCCUCUAAAAACGUGGAAGUGCAAUGACUAUUUUGUUACGAACACUAAUGUUCCCACUUCCUUCAGUCACCUGAAAAAAGUGAUGGUUAAGUAUCUCUUAGUAACUAUUUUGAAGACAGAACUGGGAAAGAUCUAGCCAAAAUAAGGCAAAUAGUCCCUGAUGCCAACGGAAGUAGAAGGUAUUGCCAGUUUCCAAGGAAAUGGAUCAAGUGUACUCACAGGCUGUUUUGUAUGGAAGAUUUUAUCCCCUCCCCAAAAGACUGUCUACCAAACUGCAUUUAAGUGAAUUUUUCUAUUAUGUAACUGUUAGACAUUGCAUCUGAUCACUAUGUGACAACUUGAGUUGUCCUUUUCAGUUGCUGCUUCCAUUGACUUGAGCAGCCUUUUAUCUUUAUUGAACACACUUAAAUUUGUUCUUGGGUACCCACUUUGCUCCAAGCAGAGGGCUGACUUCCUGCUAAGGUUAGGAGGCAGCUUUGGGAGGUGAUGGAUAUGUUUAUGGCCUUCAUGGUUGUGAUUUCAUGUGUGUAUACUUAACCCCAAACUCACUGAGUUGUAUACAUUAAAUGUACAGCUUUUUACAGGUCAACUGUAUUUCAAUAAAGUGGUCUAAAAAAAAAAAA